CAGAAUAUACAAUGUAUAUAAAAAUAAUAAGUUAAUAAAAGUAUAUUGUAAUUUUAUAAUAGAUAUAUUUAUUUGUUAAUGUAAUGUUUUAGGCAUCUUCAUUCGGAGCUUUGUCGAAUAGCUCGUGAUAUAAAUGACUUAUUCGGGACGCAAGUGACAUUACAAAUAGUUUCUUAUUUCAUUAUUUUUAUCACAUCAUUUUAUGUACAGUAUCAUAUGUUAUUAUGCCUAAAACAAAUGCAUGGGAGCGAUUCAGCUAAACUAAAACUUAUAUUUGUCACCGACUUGUGGUGCAUACUGUUUUUGAUAAAAUUCAUAUCAUUAAAUUAUAUUUGCGAAAGUGUUAGUUCUAAGGUGCAAAAAACGAAAGACUUGACACAUAAAUUAACAAAUCUUUUACGUUUUACCGAAACGUAUAGAGAGAUUUAUCAGUUUCUUUUGCAAAUAUCACUUCGGCCAUUGGAGUUUAUCGGAAUGGGCAUGAUUCAUUUUGGUUAUAAGUUUAUUCAUAAGUUCUUUAUCUGGAUACUUACUGUUAUUAUUCUUAUAAUACAAAUGGAUACUUAUCCAAUUUUUCGAACGUCUAGGACUAAUGAAACAUGUUUCGAUAGAGAUGUGUAGAAAAAAAAAGAAAUUAUAAUACUUCUGAAUCAUCUUUGCAAUUUAUUAUUUAAGAAACCAAUUAUAUAAAAAUUAAAUAUAGAUGUAUAAAUGUCGCAAUAUUUAUUUAUUCAAAUUAAUAAAAAUUGGUCUCGGAUAUAUUGAAUCAGAAAUACAUAUAUGAAAUCAUUAUUCAAUAUUUAUUUUUUAUUUAUUUAUUUAGUUUAUCUAUUCAUUAUUUGAAUAUUAAUUGUUAUUUACUUUAAUUUAUUUUGUAAAUAUACAUAUUCACUAAUUAUUCAUAUACAUUUUAAAUAAAAAAAGCACUUUUAAUAACUAUAAAUAACGUUUUUAUUAAUCAUGGAAAGAUUUAAAUGCUAUAAAGCAAGAUUUUGUUAAAUAAAAAAUUUAAUUUCUUUUAACAUGAUUCGCAAAAAUAAAAAAAAGUAUUUUAUACUCUAAAUUUACAAGACUAUAAAGAAUGUAAACAGAAAAACUUUCAAAUGCUCAAAAUAAAUAAAAAAA